AUGCGAUUCCAAGUUGCCUCUACAGCUCUGACGUUCCUGAUUUAUGGCAUGAUUGUCCGACGUGUUUUGCAAAGCCGUCCAAACAGCCGGUGUGUCGUUUUCGCGCCGAGGAUUGCGGAUGCGAGACGAAUAUGUCGUGAGUUAAGGCUACUGCAGCUGCAAACGCAUUUGAUCGGUGAUGGUUCAUCCAGGAGUGAUCCAUCUGCCGCUGUCGUGGUUUGUGUGUAUGCUAGUGCACGCCAUCUCGCUGGGCAGCACUUCGCAGUGAAGCUAGUGCAUUCGGCUGAGUUCUGGCGACAUGGUCUGGUGAGGAACCUCAUUAAUUCCCAUGUCAAAGCCAGUAUGAGCGCAGAAUUCUCGCUGCACUUCCAGAGUAACGAAGCUGACUGUGCUUACCCCCUCGCGGAAGCAGUGCGGGACGGACGUGUGCGCAGCUUAGACCCAUAUGUUUUGCUUGCAGACAGAACACCCUGUUUGGGCACACAGCUCUUGAAGACGCUCUCUGCUAUACAGGUCAAUGCUGCCUGGGCACCGGUGUUGGUGGUCCUCAACAAGCCCCGGGACGCAGAGGCCCUGGCAGAGGAGCUCCAGCGCCUGGGAGUGGCAGCAGCGGCAGUCUCCAAAAGGCUCCGAGGCCAGCAGGUUCUGCAGGACGUGCGAGAAGGCCACGUGAAAGUCCUGUGCAUCUCGCACUGGAGAUUCGAGCGGUCUGACCUGCCUUCCUUCAACACAAUAGUCCUAGCGGGGAGAAUGCCAGUCAAACCAUCUUGUAGAGAAGCGAUAAUUUGUGCGCUGCAGCCUCACCAUGCCGACUUCGAGGCAUUGAAGCUUGUUUGCAUGAUAACAACACCUAAGCCCGAGCUUCAGUUUACGCGAGUGCAGCACGCCUCGCGCAUCCUUGGAGCACUCAGCGGGACUGGAAAGCCACCAGAUUCAUGGCAAGUGCUACAUGCAGAUGGCAGCACAGGUUCCUGGAACCCAAGACCCCGUGAAUGGCUCGAGAGUCUCUGCAAGUGGAUGCAGAGACAUGGCCGAAGGCCACAUUGUAGUUCAACACGAGAGAAGACCAUGCUUAGCAGGUGGAAACGGGCUCGCAUGUGGAUGCACAGAGAUAGCUUGAACGUGGCAGAGGUUGAGCUCAUGGAACGGACUUGCAGCAUCCUGGCAGAGAACCGUCAGCGGCGUGCGAGAGAUCUUCUGCUGGAUUUGUGUGAGUGGAUUUGCACACACGGGCGACGUCCAUACCAGCUGAGCAGAGAUCCCAUUGAGCGCCGGCAGAGUUGCAGGCUAUCCAGAGCCUUGGCACGACUUAAGAAGGGUAGGCUGGUCAGCCGAGAUGCCCAGCUACUGGAGAAAGCGCUGCAGUUCACGGUGCGGCCGUGGCUAGCCAGCAUGGUUGCAUGGAUUCGCUUUUUUGAGCGCCUUCCCUCCCUGCAUGCUGAAGAAGCUGACGCGCGAACCCAGAACUGGAGGUGGAAGAACGCGAACCAGCUCUUGUCACAAGGUAAGCUGACCACGGCUGAGAUGGAGCUGAUGCGGAACUGCCAGAAUUGGAGGCACGAGCUUUCGGAGAGACCGCGUGCCUGUCUGGCAGGCCUUCGGGCCUGGAUCCAUGUGCACAGGCGGAAGCCGCAUUUGGGUAAAGCAAGCUCUGCCGAGGAGAGGCGGCAGGCACAUCGUUGGAUGACGGCAACCCAGCAGCUGUCCAAGGGGGACCUCACUGAAAGUGAGGUCUGCUUGAUGGAAAACUGCUGGAAGAUCGUCUCAUCAUCAGAAGUCGUGUAA